AAUCAACUCUGAGAUGCCCUAUAAUCCCGGGGUUUCCUCCUUGUAACGAGCCCAAUUUGCCUCAUCACCAUAGCACCUGCAAUGGAGCCUUCUGUCUCUUUUGACUCUCUCCCUCUGCAGAAGGACGGUCCCCACGGAAAUGCCUGGGGCCUUUUUGCAAAAGAAAUCAUCGAUGGGGUCCGCGUAUCCACCGACUGGUCACUGAACAGUAUGCAAAAGCCGUGUUUUGGCCGUUCAAAACUCGAACACGUCGUGAAGAACAAAGCACCGCGAGCUGUCAACGAUGACAGCCUCGCUUUCAAUACGCAAAUUAGCUCUCAGUGGGACGGAUUCAGGCACUACGGCUACCAGAAUGAGAACAUCUAUCUAAACGGGUGUACUCUGGAGGAGAUCCAAACUGGGGAUAGAAAUGGAAUUCAUGUGUGGGUUGAAAAAGGGGGGAUUGUAGGACGCGGCGUUCUCCUUGAUCAUGCCUCCUGGGCGGAAGCACGGGGGAAAUUAAUCAACUGCUUCGCUACCACGUCCAUCCCUGUCUCUACUCUAAAGGACAUCGCCGCUUAUCAAGGAACAUCAUUCAAAAGAGGAGACAUCCUAUUUAUCCGCACAGGCUGGACCCGUGCCUAUGAAAAGCUGUCCGCAGAACAGUGCCAAGAGCUCGCCGAUCACAAGAUCCCACCGGCUAUUGGUGUCGAAUCAUCCGAAAACACCCUGCGCUGGAUCUGGGAUGAAGGUUUCGCAGCUGUUACGGGAGACAUGCCCAGUUUCGAAGCAUGGCCGUGUCAGAAUACUGACUUCUGGUUGCAUGAGUGGUUGCUAGCAGGCUGGGGCCUCCCCAUUGGAGAGUUGUUUGAUCUGGAUCGAUUAAGCCAAGAGUGUCGGAAGAGGAACCGAUGGAGCUUCUUCUUCAGUAGUGUUCCGUUGAAGAUGCCUGGUGGAGUUGCUAGUCCACCUAAUGGUGUUGCCAUCCUCUGAUUAGCCCCUUACUACGUCGGAAAAUUGAUUCCUGUAAAUAUGAUAUCAUA